AUGGCAUUCGGGUUAACAUUGAAACGGUGUAAGUUGAUAAACUAUAAAAAUGGUUCAGUUGUAACACCUUUUCGGUGCCUAGCUGCCAUUCCGCUCGAAGGAAGCACGAGGGCAGGGGUAAUGCCCAACUCUAGACAGGCGAAGUCGAGAUGCAGAGGUGGGAUUCAAACCAUGAACCUUCCGGUCACUAGUGCAAAUGUUAUUCACUGCUGGCCGACUGUUGGCAUAGGAUCAAUUGGUGCCCUGUCAACUAUCAUCCCCACAGCUUUGUCCAGCACUGUGGAGGAUGCACGAGGUGAACUCAUCAGCUUCCGGUCUGAAGUAAAGGACAUGGCCAAGCCUUUGCACAGGCUCACCUUUGAGCAACACCGCCGCAGCUUACCUCACAGCGAUGCCCCCGUGGGAUCAGUGAAUACUUCGGAACAAAGACCACACCGAUCGGCUGUGGAUAUGUAUGUGGAUAGACCCGGUCUGAAAUGCAUCGGUCGGGACUACGGUGGUGAUGAACGGUUUUCCGGCUGGAAGGAUCCUGGUUACAAUGAGAUUAUCGGAAAAUGCUACAAAGCGACUCCAGAAAUUCCGCAACCGACCUCACUUUUCAAGAGACGCAAAGCGGAUUUACGAGAAAAUAUAUUACUAGCAUGCCUCUCCCAUCAGUAG